AGAAGAAGAAGAAGAAACAGACGAAGAAGAAGAAACAGAAACAGACGAAGAAGAAGAAGAAGAAACAGACGAAGAAGAACAUUGCUGCUCGUUAGCUAACUAGCUAGCUAGCUAGCUCUUGUCCAUAAACAACGUCUAAACUGCCGGAAUCGUACAAGAAGAAGAAGCUCUCGUCCAUGUUUCUGAGCAGUAAACCGAGGGAUAGAAAAGAAGUCAGUUAUCUGAUUGUAAAGCAGUAACCAUGGCGCUGAAGUCAGGAGAGGAUCGUCUGAAGGAGAUGGAGGCAGAGAUGGCUCUUUUUGAGCAGGAGGUUCUUGGUGGUCCAGUACCAGUAUCUGGGAGCCCAUCAGUUAUGGAGGCAGUGCCUGUAGCUCUGCCUGUUCCAGCGGUUCCACUAGUGCGGCCCAUCAUAGGCACUAACACCUACAGACAGGUCCAGCAGACAUUAGAAGCCAGAGCUGCAAGUUUCGUUGGUCCUCCACCAUCGGCCUUUGUUGGACCAGUCCCUCCAGUACGUCCUCCCAUGAUGAGACCAACCUUUGUCCCCCAUAUCCUGCAGAGACCUGUUGGUCAGAGGAUGCAGAUGAUGCGUGGUCCUCCCAUAGCGCCUCCUCUGCCCCGGCCUCCUCCACCGCCUCCCAUGAUGCUCCCUCCUACCAUGCAGGGCCAGACACCUCAGGGUGCUCCUCAGCCCAUCCAGCACAUGGCUGCUGCUCCUCAGGUCCCUGAUAUGGUCUCCAUGGUGUCAGCCCCACCCACAAGACAAGGAGCCCCGCCCACAAUCAAAGCAACACCGUCAAUCAUCCAGGCAGCACCGACCCUGUACUCUGCUCCUCCUGCCCCUGUUGGACACAAAAGAAAUGAUGUCAGAGCUCAGAGACAAGCAAGAAUGGAGGAGCUGGCAGCUCGGGUUGCAGAGCAGCAGGCAGCAGUGAUGGCAGCAGGUCUACUAGACAAGAAGGAGAGUGAAGACAGCAGCACUGUCAUUGGACCCAGCAUGCCUGAGCCUGAACCCCCUCACACCGAGCCUGUGGAAAGUGCUACAGAGGACAAAAAGAAGGCACGGGUGGAGAAGGUGAAGAAGUGUAUCCGCACCGCAGCAGGGACCAGCUGGGAGGAUGCCAGCCUGUUGGAGUGGGAUUCAGAUGACUUCCGUAUAUUCUGUGGUGACCUGGGUAAUGAGGUCAAUGAUGACAUACUGGCCAGAGCCUUCAGCAGAUACCCAUCGUUCCUCAAAGCCAAGGUGGUGAGAGACAAACGUACAGGGAAGACUAAAGGCUAUGGCUUUGUCAGCUUCAAGGAUCCAAAUGACUACGUGAGAGCCAUGAGGGAGAUGAACGGGAAGUACGUUGGCAGUCGUCCCAUCAAACUGAGGAAGAGCAUGUGGAAGGACCGCAACAUGGAAGUGGUCCGCAAGAAACACAAAGAGAAGAAGAAACUGGGCCUCAGAUAGUGUUAAUGCACUGUGUGUGUUGUUCUGCCCUGUGGACGGACAGGCUGUAAAUUUCAUCUGUCCUAUCAGUUGUAUAAGUGUUGACUAUUUUCCUUAAAUAAAACCAUCAUUUCUUUUUACUGAA